CCGGUGAGGGCUCCAGGUGAGAUCUUUCCGGUGAGGGCUCCAGGUGAGGUCUUUCUGGUGAGGGCUCCAGGUGAGGUCUUUCUGGUGAGGGCUCCAGGUGAGGUCUUUCUGGUGAGGGCUCCAGGUGAGGUCUUUCCGGUGAGGGCUCCAGGUGAGGUCUUUCCGGUGAGGGCUCCAGGUGAGGUCUUUCCGGUAAGGUCUCAAGGUGAGGUCUUUCCGGUGAGGGCUCCAGGUGAGGUCUUUCCGGUGAGGGCUCCCAGGUGUGAGGUCUUUCCGGUGAGGGCUCCCAGGUGUGAGGUCUUUCCGGUGAGGGCUCCCAGGUGUGAGGUCUUUCCGGUGAGGGCU